AUCACAACCGUCGCAAUGGCCAAAUCCAAGAACUCGUCGCAGCACAACCAGUCGAAGAAGAACCACAAGAACGGUAUCAAGAAGCCAAAGACCAACAGAUACCCGUCGCUCAAAGGAACCGACCCCAAGUUCCGACGAAACCACAGACAUGCGCUUCAUGGAACAAUGAAGGCACUCAAGGAGGUCAAGGAGGGCAAGCGUGAUGCGGCAUAGGCGAGAUGAUGGUCAAGAAAAAGAUCUGGAGCAUUGAGCGGGUGGAUUUACUCGACGGCUUUAUCACGGACUCCUGCCACGGCGGUGGCGCAACACGACAUUCGGACGAUGCACUUGCUUUUCGAGCGGCGUUCUCGUGAGGAUAGCUGAAAUGCAGGCCUGAUCUGCCACUUCGCAAACACCCACCUCUGUCUCGGUCUUGAGGGACUGAUACCAGUUUCGACAACACUCCCCACCCUGAGAGCAUUCCUCCUUUUCCACAACCAUCCUUCCUCAUUCCCCCCCUCCCCUGCACCCGGCAUAUGUGUGUACAGCACCUAGCAUUUCUGUGCAACGGUGACUGAAGGAAUAUCCAAAACUUGCCAAGAUCGAUCAUUGCCAUUUCAUUACCAAACACGGACGUCGUGUACUCCGUCGACGUUUGUGCAUGAAGACGUGGUAACAACUCAGAAAGAUACGCUGCCAGAGCUGAAGAGGCAUUUGGAGAGCAAGGUGAGCGCGGCGUGUACUUUGUGCGAUCAGUCAGAUGGCUGAACGCUGAAGCAAGUCUCUCAUAUAUGGGACACCGAGUUGGCGCGCAGCAAGACACUCGAGAGUAAGUAGCAUGAAAAACCGAUCGUUGGCACAGCCACACGGUACAAUGUCAGAAUCUCC